AUGUGGGUCCGUAGAAUCCUCCUCAAAGCUUCUCUCACCAUCUUUCCCAUCUUCGGCUUUGCCUACCGUAAACCCGAAACUGACUCUGGAGCGUUGCCACCCGUCUACAAUAAGAGAGAUGCCAUCUCAGGACAAAGAUUGAGUAACGCCGAAAGAAUCGCCAGAGGUCUUCCGCUCAAGGCGCCAGUGAAGAAAUUCGGUCCGACAAAGACUGAAGCCGUUCGCUGUCGUCAAUCUCAAUCGCUUCAAACACCAGCAUUUUACAUCGAAGCAGUCAGACUGAACUCGAACCCUCCACAGGCUUCUCGAGUAGUUUUCGAAGUUUCUGGUCCACUGCCCGCUGUUGGAGUAACCAUCAAGGCUAGAAAUGCCAUUGAUGGUGGGGUUUUCCCGAUCGUUACUAGGGAUUGGACGAAUCUAGAUCAACCUAUGAGUGCUACUGGUAAUCACACGGUCAUCUUCACAUAUGAUCCCAGUAGUCAUACAGGCGACAAUGGAGAUCCAGUAGGACGGUACGACGCAACAAGACAUCAAAGUUCAAAUUGGUUUAUACCUACCAUACCAGGAUUCGUCGAUGUCAUCUGGCAUAAUCAAGAUGAAUCAUUGUUCUUUCCGCAUUUCUUCUUGGAUGUUAGCGGUACGCCAGGUAAUGAGGGACGAAGGGUUCUGAGAGCAGCUAAUAAAGCGGAAGAUCUCAAAUUGGGUAUCUAUGAUGAGGCUCGAUAUAGGGUGCUGCUUCGAACAGUCCCGGUCUAA